UUCCGAAGUUGACCGUACUCGACGACGAUGAGCGGCUUUCGCGACAGCGCCUCAGGCAGCCAGCCCUACAAGGACCCAACACCACUCCCGGACUCUGUUCCGCGUGUUCAGGAGCUCGGCGCAACCAGUGCCCCGCUGAAGUCCGCUGCAUUUUUCAUUGGCGCUUACUGCAAAGAGUAUAAUGAGGAUUUUAUGCUUUGCAAGAAUGAGGGCCGGGGCGACCCGGGACAAUGUCUGAAGGAGGGCAGGCGUGUUACACGGUGUGCAACCGACUUGAUUAACAAGAUGCGGGAAAACUGCCUUGAGCAGUUUGACGCGCACUGGAACUGCCUGGAGCUGAACAAUCAGGAAUAUUAUGCCUGUAGAAAACCCGAGCGUACCUUGAACAAGUGCAUGUUUGAAAAGCUCGGCCUGACAAAGACGAUACCUGGCACUCCAGCGGGGAAGAAGCAGAUACAUGAAGUAGAGAAACCGAUAUAUACCACAGUACAGCGGUGAGGGCUCUCCCAGCAUUUACUAGACUACCUGCGAUAGCCCUGGGUCGAUUAUCCGUGCUGUUCUGGAUCAACAGUGCUUCCUUUCCGCGGAAUUUUUUGUGCAAGAAGCUUUUGAGAGAUGAUCUUCAGAAUUGUAAAUCGUGAAAGCGCAGAAAAUUGUGAUCACCUAUUAGUGAAUAUACGAGUCUGAUUAUUGAGAA